GUCUCGUGGGCGGGCCCUGUCGGCAGCCGCCGCGUGGAGGCCCAGGUGCAGUCGCCUCCUCUGCGGUACCUGCUCUGCGGCAUGGGGCUCACCAAGCAGUACCUGCGCUACGCAGCCAGCGCCGUCUUUGGCCUGAUCGGCAGCCAGAAAGGAAACAUUGUCUUUGUGACACUUCGCGGUGAGAAAGGGCGCUACGUGGCAGUGCCCGCCUGUGAGCACGUUUUCAUCUGGGACUUAAGGAAAGGAGAGAAGAUCCUCAUCCUUCAGGGACUUAAGCAAGAAGUCACUUGCUUGUGCCCCUCCCCAGAUGGGCUGCACUUAGCUGUCGGGUAUGAGGACGGGUCUAUCCGAAUCUUCAGUCUCCUGAGCGGGGAAGGAACUGUUACCUUCAAUGGACACAAAGCAGCUGUCACUUCCUUGAAGUAUGAUCAGCUCGGAGGCAGGUUGGCUUCUGGGUCCAAGGACACAGAUGUCAUUGUGUGGGACGUGAUCAACGAAAGCGGCCUGUACCGGCUCAAGGGGCACAAGGAUGCGGUCACGCAGGCGUUGUUUCUACGGGAGAAGAACCUGCUCGUGACCAGUGGGAAAGACACCAUGGUGAAAUGGUGGGAUCUGGACACCCAGCACUGCUUCAAAACAAUGGUUGGCCACCGAACUGAGGUGUGGGGAUUGGUUCUGGUGUCGGAAGAAAAGCGACUCAUCACUGGAGCUUCCGACAGUGAACUGCGAGCGUGGGACAUAGCCUAUUUGCAAGAGAUUGAAGACCUAGAAGAACCAGAGCGCAAAAAAACUAAAGGGUCACUUGGGCUGCAGGACACCCCUGAAGAAGAGGAUGGCACCCCGGAGGUGGACGAAGCGCCUGAGGAUCGCAUCCUCAGGUGCAGAAAAGCAGGCUCCCUCAUGCGGGAAGGCAGGGACAGGGUGGUGAACCUUGCGGUCGACAGGACGGGCAGGAUCCUUGCUUGCCACGGGACUGAUUCUGUGCUGGAAGUGUUUUGUAUCCUCUCCAAAGAGGAAAUUCAGAAGAAAAUGGAUAAGAAAAUGAAGAAAGCUAAAAAGAAAGCAAAAUUAAAUUCUUGCAAAGGGGAAGAGGAAGGUCUUGAUGUCAGUGUGGAAAUGACUCUGCAAGAUGAAAUUCAACGGGUGACUAAUAUCAAAACAUCUGCCAAAAUCAAAUCCUUUGACCUGAUCCAUGCGCCUAAAGGAGAGUUAAAGGCUGUCUUCCUGCUGCAGAACAACCUGGUGGAGCUGUACUCGCUGACGCCAUCCACGCCCACACCUCAGCCCAUCAGGACGAGCAGGAUCUCCAUUGGGGGGCACCGCAGUGACGUGCGGACACUGUCCUUCAGCUCAGAUAACAUCGCUGUUCUGUCAGCAGCUGCCGAUUCCGUGAAGAUAUGGAACAGGUCUACGCUGCAGUGUAUACGCACGAUGGCCUGUGAGUACGCACUCUGCUCAUUCUUCGUGCCUGGUGACAGGCAGGUGAUCAUAGGAACAAAGACGGGAAAGCUGCAGCUUUAUGACUUGGCCUCGGGCAAUCUGCUGGAGACGGUGGACGCGCAUGACGGAGCCGUGUGGGCCGUGUCUCUCUCUCCCGACCAGCGUGGCUUUGUGUCAGGUGGUGCAGAUAAAUCUGUCAUGUUCUGGGACUUUGAGUUGGUGAAAGACGAAAACAGUGCCCAGAAGAGACUUUCUGUGAAGCAAACCAGAACCUUGCAACUGGAUGAAGAUGUUCUGUGUGUCAGUUACUCUCCCAACCAAAAGCUGCUGGCCGUGUCCUUGCUGGACUGCACGGUCAAAAUUUUCUACGUGGACACCCUGAAGUUUUUUCUCUCGCUGUACGGCCACAAACUGCCUGUUAUCUGCAUGGACAUCUCUUAUGAUGGUGCACUGAUAGCCACCGGCUCCGCUGACCGCAACGUGAAGAUCUGGGGCUUGGACUUCGGGGACUGCCACAAGUCCCUCUUCGCGCACGACGACAGUGUGAUGGACCUCAAGUUUGUGCCCAAGUCCCACCUCUUCUUCACUGCCGGAAAAGACCACAAGAUUAAGCAGUGGGAUGCGGACAAAUUUGAACACAUACAAACUCUCGAGGGGCACCAUCAGGAAAUAUGGAGCUUGGCUGUCAGCCCCAACGGGGACUACAUCGUGUCAUCGUCCCAUGACAAAUCUCUGAGACUCUGGGAGCGAACCAGGGAGCCUCUUAUCCUCGAAGACGAGAGGGAGAUGGAAAGGGAAGCAGAAUACGAAGAGAGCGUGGCCAAGGAAGACCAGCCAGCAGUUCCAGGGGAGACUCCAGGUGACAAUUACUUUGCUGGAAAGAAAACUAUUGAGACAGUGAAAGCGGCCGAGAGGAUCAUGGAAGCGAUUGAGCUGUACCGAGCAGAAACUGCAAAAAUGAAAGAACACAAAGCCAUUUGCAAAGCUGCAGGAAAGGAGGUUUCUCUUCCUGUCCACCCCAUCCUGAUGGCUCAUGGCAAUAUCUCUCCUGCAGCUUACGUGCUGGAGAUUCUUAGAGGAGUCAAGUCCAGUGAGCUGGAGGAGUCUCUGCUCGUGCUGCCUUUCUCCUACGUCCCUGACAUUCUCACGCUGCUGAAUGAAUUCAUCCAGCAGGGCUCUGACAUUGAACUUCUGUGCCGAUGCCUCUUCUUUCUCCUCAGGAUUCACUUCGGGCAGAUCACCAGCAACCAAAUGCUUGUGCCAGUGAUUGAGAAAUUAAGGGAAACAACUAUUUCAAAAGUGAGACAAGUCCGGGAUGUCAUCGGCUUCAAUAUGGCCGGUCUCGAUCAUCUCAAGAGGGAACUGGAGGCUAAAAGUGAAGUGAUGUUCUUUGCUGAUGCUACCAGCCAGUUGGAAGAGAAGAGGAGGAAGAGGAAAAAGAGGGAGAAGCUCAUUUUAACGGUGACUUAGGACAGCACUGACCCCACCGUUUCUCUGAAGGACAGCCACUGGGCACGGGGCAGCUGCUGUCAUUGAAAAGAACCAUGAACCCGAGGCCGGCCAGUUGCAGCAGACCAGAGGUGAAGGUGUCCGGCUUUGCCUGUGCAGGUCCCGCGAGGGACUGCGGCCCUGAUUCUUGAACUUAAAUGUGUGAUUUGUUUAAAAUCUUGGUAGGCAAAGAGUUUUUUUAACGAGGUAUUUAUUUCACUGGAGUCGUACUGAACAUUUCAAAAAUUUUCUUAUUUUUUUAUGGCAAGAGAUGUGUUGGGUGACUUAUUAUGUGUGUUGGGGGUCCCCCUCCGACAGCAGCCAAAUGCACAAUGACCAGCCCCUGCCCAUAACUGCGGAGUCUCGGACUGAAAUGGGCCAGGAAAAUGACCUGGAACUGCCUUCUCAGACUUUACCUCAUGUAGGUUUAUUUACGUGUGUAUAGAACUGGCAUAAUCGCAAGCAUCCUGCUUCUCUAAAAUAGUUGUUUCUAAUUAAAGAGUUUCCAAGCUGA